AUGCCCAUACCCCAGCAAACAAGUUGGAUGGUAAGGAAAAUAUUCAAGGCAAGGGAGGAAUUGGGUAAUGUGGAACAUAAGUCACUAGGGAACAGGAGCAUGAUUAGGAUCAUUUAUCUGAAAAUGAUAAGAGAUCUACCAAAAGUCACCUGGAAGAACUUAAUGUUUGGGAAUGCAGCAAGAACAAAAGCAAUCUUCAUAACAUGGCUUCAAUUUCAAGACAGAUUACUCACAGCUACAAGACUACAAAGCUGGGGUAUACAGAUAGAUACAAAUUAUCAAAUGUGCAAACAAGCAGAGGAAAGCAAGGAUCAUCUAUUUGCUGGAUGUGAAGCUAGCAGAAGAGUGUGGAGUAAACUAAUGGCAUGGAUACAAACUGAUUGGUCAUCAAUGAUGACAUGGGGACAACUGCAGAGCUGGAUAGAACAAAGAACAAGAGGAAAGACAAAGCAAGCAAAAAUAUUAAAGCUGAUAUAUACAGAGUACAUCUAUGCAAUAUGGAUUGAACAGAACAACAGAGUGUUUAUGCAGAAAGUGGAAACUAGUGAUGCUGGAGCUAGAGAAAUAGCUUAUAUCUAUCAUGUUCGAGCUGCUGAGAACCUUAAGAUGACUCUAUAG